AUGGCAGCGACUAAAGCUGCCCGCACUCAAGAUGGCGCCGCUGCCCGGACGCAAAAUGGCGCCGCCCCAACUGUAAAGGCGCCUGUGCCCACAAGCAAAAUGGCGCCGCCGCAUCCAACAUGGCGCGGUCCCCCCAAACAUGGCGUCUCCCCAGUCAAAAUGGCGCCUUCGCCCUUUCCCAACAUGGUGUCGAGUGCCCUCUUUGCAUCUUCCGCCGCUCUGCGCAUGCGCCGCUGUUCGCUCCGCCUCCUCAAAUCUCGGCUGUUCCGCUAUCUCGUUGCCCCUUUGCCGAAGUUGGUAGCCGGGGGUCAGUUCCGCGUCAUCAAAGAGCCUCUGGGCUUCCUCAAACUGCUCGAGUGGCUCUUCUCCAUCUUCGCCUUCGCCACGUGUGGGGGUUAUUCCGGAAGCUUCCGGCUGAGCGUCGAGUGUCCCCCCCCAAACCGCAGUGCCCCCCUCAUCCCCGUCACCUUCGGCUAUCCCUUCCGGGCCCCGCUCAGUUCUUCGUCACGUCGGCGUCGCCUCUUUCCUCUACGCCCCGCCGCUCUCGGGGGGACCUCUUCUUGGGGGGGGCCUUCCGCCCCGGUGCCCGAGCCCCCCCGCAUCGACUUCGCGGUGACGGCGCUGCUGGCGUUCCUCUGGUUGGUGGCGUCGUGCGCGUGGGCGGCGGCUCUGGGCGAGGUGAAGGCGGCCACGGCGCCUACGGCGGUGCUGGCGCAGCUCGAGGGCUGCCGGCGGCCCGGGGCGCGGUGCCGGGCGCUCGCCGAGCCGCGCUUCUCCGGCCUCAACACCUCCGUGGUGUUCGGGUUCCUCAAUUUGGUGCUGUGGGGCGGCAAUCUGUGGUUCGCGCUGAAGGAGACCGGGUGGGGGGGAUUCGGGGCCCCCCGAGCCGCCCCCCAACAGCCGCCGCCCCCCGAAAAAGCCCCCGAAGGGGGGUACGGACCCCCCGAUGGCUCCUAUGGGGGGCAAGGGGGGGGCGGCGGGGGCUACCAACCCGAGUACGGGGGCUACCAGCCCGACCCCCCCCCCUUCGGCAACCAGAUGUAGGUUCACCCCAUGGGGCGCCGAGGAACCGCGGGGGGCGGGGCUGGAGCUGCGCCCCAUAGCUCUGCCCCAUAGAUCUGCCCCACAGAUGUGCCCCAUGGGGCCUGCCCCACGGAUCUGCCCCACAGAUCUGCCCCACGGGGCCUGACCCAUAGAUCCCUGCCCCAUGGAUCCCUAUAUCCAUGGAGUCCUGCCCCAUAGAUCCUGCCCCAUAGCGCCCCAUAGCUCCCAGCCCCACAGAUCCCACCCCAUAGCUCUGCCCCACGGCCAGCCCCAUAGCUCUGGCCCCAUAGCCCUGCCCCACUGCGCCCCACGGCGCCGCCAAGCCCCGCGCCCCCCAUGUGUUUGUGCCGUGUUCGUGACGUCUCGGGGGGGGUCCCCGGCUGCCCCCCAAGUGUGGGGCAGG